UUGAAUUGAAUUGAGCCCUCAAUCACCGCACGUGUGUAAAUAUUCUAAAAUAAUAAAUAUUAAGUUUUACGUGUAAAAUUGGCAUGCAAGUCACGAAUUUAUACACGUCGGUGGCCUGUAAUCGUACCACGGAGUGCGCCGAUUGGGGUCCCGGUGGCUUGAUUGCUUAUGGCGCCUGCAAUGCUGUUGCUGUGCUGGAUCCAAGAUACAAUGGAAAUUCAGCGAAAAUAUUGUUCACGCUGGUGGAGCACACAAAACGCGUUAAUACAGUCAAAUGGCUGGAUGAGUAUCAAUUGAUUUCCGGUGCGGAUGAUGGCAACGCAGUUUUAUGGCAACUGGACGAUUUAGGCGCCGAAAAGCGCCUUUUGCUCAAAGGACACGAAAGCGGCGUUAAUGCUGUGGAUGGUGUACGUCGUCCAACAGGAGUUUGGCUGUUGGCUACAGCUGCCGCCGAUAACAGCAUCAAAGUGUGGCAAAUGCAGCCAAAUAAUGACAUCAGUUGUCUUCAAACUAUACAGCUGGCUGGCGGAUUCUGCUUUUCAUUGCGCCUCAAGCUUCUGCCCAAAAGCGAACAAGUGUUCCUGGCCUUUAGCUCGGACGACGAGACAGUCUCCCUAUAUGCGGAGCAGUUGGAAGUUGCCAACAGUGAAACGAGCGCCAGCAGGUUUGAGCUGGUUCACAAGCUAAGCGGCCACGAGGAUUGGGUGCGUGCCCUGGACUUUGUCUACGAUGGCGAUGACAUGCUGCUGGCCAGUGGUUCACAGGAUAAUUUCAUACGUCUGUGGCGCAUUGCUCCGCGCAGCGAGCAGCAAGUGUGCGAGAAUCGCAUGGACAUCCUGGACUUUAGCGCAGCGGAUAGCGGCGAGAUUCGCGUCGAGGAGAAGAUUGUUCAAGUGGGCAAACAGUCCUGGUAUGCCGUCAGUCUCGAAUCAGUUCUCUAUGGCCACGAGGGCUGGAUCUACGGCGUGCACUGGCACAAGAACGCCGAUGAGGAACUGCGUCUGCUGUCUGCGUCCAUUGACAAAACGGUCAUUGUGUGGGCGCCCACAGAGGAGGGCGUGUGGUUAGAACAGGUGCGCGUUGGCGAAGUUGGCGGCAAUUCGAUGGGUUUCUUUGGUGGCAAGUUCGCACAUGAUGGCCGCUCCAUAAUGGCGCACAGCUACCAGGGCGGCUUUCACAUAUGGAAUCAGAGCGAGGAGCCGCAGCAACAACAGCUCUGGACACCAAAUGUCAUUGUGGGCGGUCAUUAUGGUCAAGUGCGCGACCUCGCCUGGGAGCAUGAGGGUGCAUAUCUGAUGACUGUAUCCGCUGAUCAAACGACACGUCUGCAUGCGCCUUGGCUGCAAGCGAAUAAGUCGACCACUUGGCAUGAAUUGGCACGUCCCCAGGUUCAUGGGUACGAUAUGCAGACACUGGCGCUGCUCUCGCGCUAUAAGUUUGCCAGCGGCGCCGAGGAGAAAAUCGUACGCACAUUCCAAGCACCUGCGAAUUUCAUUGAGAACUUUCGACACAUCAGCGGACUGCAACAAGAUGCCGCAGGCGAUGCUCUGCUGGACUCUCUGCCCAAAGGAGCGUCGGUGCCAUCGCUGGGACUUUCCAACAAGGCCGUCUACAAAGUCGAAACAGAGUCCGAGAAGAACUCGACGGCCAAAAAUGAGUAUCCCGACAACUACUUUGUGCCCAUCACGCUGCAAACGCCGCCGCAGGAGGAGACACUGAUGCAGAACACACUCUGGCCAGAGUUGCAAAAGCUGUACGGACAUGGCUAUGAGCUGUAUGCGCUUGCAGCCACACCCGACGGACAGCUGCUGGCUUCCACUUGCCGGGCCAGCAAUGCGGAGCAUGCACAGAUAAUAAUCUGGAACACAGCCAACUGGAAGCAGCUGCAGAAGCUAAGCGGUCAUCAGUUGACUGUUACACAGCUACGCUUCUCGCCGGAUGCGCGUUAUUUGCUGUCCGUUUCCCGCGAUCGCCGCUGGUCACUGUACGAGCGACAGCAGAUUGAGGAGCCGCUCAGCAACUAUGCACUGGUGGCCAAUUCGGAUAAGAGUAACGGAGUACAUACGCGCAUUAUUUGGUCCUGCGAUUGGUCACACGAUGGCAAAUAUUUUGCGACGAGCUCACGCGACGGCAAAGUGGUUGCCUGGACAAAGUCGGAGCAGGCGACGGAGCAGUCAGCUGCCACUAGCUCACUGAAUGGCUGGCAAGCUGCUGGCACGCUUGAGCUGAAAAAUGAAUCGAUUACGGCUAUAAGCUUUGCGCAGCGCUGCUUGGAUGAGCAGGCGCAAAUCUAUCUGCUGGCCCUGGGCACCGAGAGUGGCAUCAUCAAGAUUUAUCAGUUCACCCAUGGCAAAUGGCAGCUAAGAUGUGAUUUAAACAAGGAUUCUGCACAUCAUUUGACUGUGAAGCGCUUGCAGUUUCGACCCGGUCAGCUGCAGCUGCAGUUGGCCAGCUGCGGCGAGGAUCAUUUGGUUCGCAUCUAUGACAUUAAGCAGACAUAAUAAAUACCUACUGUCAUAAUAUAA